AAAACAUACACUUUGGAAGAAAUAGCAAACCACACAUCUCCCAAUGAUCUAUGGAUGAUAAUAUAUGGAAAAGUGUACAGCAUAACCCCCAGUUUUAUCUCGUCUCAUCCAGGUGGCCCCGAGGUUUUACUAGACUGUGGAGGAAUAGACGCAAGUUCCUUUUUCGAAGACGUUGGACAUUCUGAAUAUUCAAGAGAAAUGUUAUCGCCCUUUUAUAUUGGAGAAUUG